UGGGAGAAGGAAUUACCAAGCAUUUAAUAAGAUCAGUUCACAUGAUUAACAUAUGGAACCGAACAUAUGCAAAAUGUGAAAAACUUAAGAAAUAUUUAAACAAUUCUAAACGUUUAAAAUUAUGUAUGACUGCGAGAGAUGUUUUAUUGAAUUCUGAUAUUAUAUUCAUAUGUCUAUCAGAUAAUGAAGUUACUCGAAGGAUAAUAGAAUCAGAGUUUCAUGCCUUUAGUGAAACUGAAAAUAUUCUGCAGGAUAAGAUGAUUCUAGUUAUGUCUAGAAUUAAACCAGAAACGUCUGUAAUAUUCAGUGAAAAAAUUACAUCUAAAAAAGGAAAAUACUUGGAGUUAGCAUUUCAAGGUAACAUAAAGGACAUCACAGAAAGGUCUAUCACUUUAUUUACGGCUGGAGACGAGAGUCUAUUCAAUCUAUGUCAACCUUACUUUAAAGCUAUAAGUAAAGCUUCAUACUUCUUCAAUACAGCUGGGACUGGUCUUAAAAUGAACCUUAUUCUACAGAUGAUGAAAGCAGUUAACUUGGGAGCUCUUGCGGAAGGAAUGUCUUUAACCCAAAAACUUGGAAUUCCGUUCGAAAUAUUUUUAGAAAUUUUUGCUGGAGCUGAAAUUAAUAGUAGUUUUUUAAAAAACAAAGCCACGGCAAUUAUCAAAGAAACUUUUGUACCAGCGGAACAACCUCUACAACAAAUGCAAGCAGAAUUAAGAGAUGUAUUAGAUAUAUCUUUUCAACUUGACCAAUCAAUUCCUUUAACAAAUAUGGCACACGAAGUAUUUAAAGACUGUAAACGUCUACAGUAUGGAAGCUCUGAUGUAUCAGCUAUAUAUUUAAAGUAUAAAAAUUAUUAAUCAUUCAACAAUUAUUUCCCGAAAAAAAUCAGAAUAUUUGGAAAUAAAAUAAGAUAAACCGUUUUAGGAAUAAUUACUAAUAUUUUGUCGAAUUUUUAUUGUUUUGAUUUUAAUGUUAAUGACUGCAUCUGUAGUGAAAAAUGGAUUUUAGUCUAUUAACUCUUUCAUAAUUUUAACAAAGACAGCUGCAUUUAAGAUUCAGUACCAUGAAAAUAUACCAAUGUAGAAAAAAAAUUGGUAAUUUCGCUCAACUUUUGAUAAGCUAUUUUAUUUUUCAUUUAGACACUAGAUGGGUCUGCAACCAUUAUCAAUAGUGCCUUUUUGAUAAUUGUACCGAUUUAUUAAUAAUUUGUUUUAUUUGUUUGUUGAAGUGUUGCGAAUGCUUUUGAAUAAAUAUUGUUUUACAAUGGAAGUCUAUGAAUGUGAUUCAUCUAUUCC